UCUCUCUGGUGUUGGAAAAUGAAAAAGUCAGGAGACAGAGGAGCCAGCCAGCCUUCAGAAACCUUUCUGAAACAAGGUCACAAUGGCUGGAGCUCUGAGGUACCCAGGUCCCCUGAGCCAGCAGGAGAGGAGGAAGUCCAAGGAAAGAUGGCUGGCAAUCACCCCUACUUCAACCUGCCUGACUUCACCCAGCCAUCACCACCCUCCACUCCGCCCAGCCUCCCAUUGCAUCAGCGCUUCCGGCCCUCCGAUGCCACCAAGGGCCUGCUCGUGGCCCUGCUGGGUGGAGGGCUGCCCGCCGGUUUCGUGGGCCCUUUCUCCCGCAUGGCUUACCAGGCUUCCCACUUGCCCUCGCUGGAGCUGCUCAUCUGGCGCUGCCUCUUCCACCUCCCCAUUGCUCUGCUACUUAAACUUCGCGGUGACCCACUGUUGGGACCUCCUGAAGUCCGGAGCCGGGCCUGCCUCCACGCCCUGCUCAAUGUCCUCAGCAUUGGAUGUGCCUACAGCGCAGUUCAGAUGGUGCCCGCUGGCAACGCUGCCACCGUUCGCAAAGGUUCUUCCACCAUCUGCUCUGCCCUCCUCGCCCUCUGCCUUGAGAGCCAGGGUCUCAGCGGCUACGACUGGUGUGGCCUGUUGGGCAGCACUCUGGGACUAAUCAUCAUUGUGGGACCUGGACUAGGGACACUGCAGGAGGGGACCACGGGCCUCUACAUCGCCCUGGGCUAUGUGCUGGCUUUCCUGGGAGGGUUGGCACUAUCGCUGGGCCUUCUGGUCUAUCGCUCUCUGCACUUCCCCUCCUGCCUACCAACAGUGGCCUUCCUGUUUGGCUUGGUGGGGCUGCUGGGCUCUGUGCCGGGCCUCUUUUGGCUGCAGACCCCGGUGCUGCCCACUGAUCCUUUGAGCUGGAGCUGUGUGGGGGCAGUGGGGAUCCUCGCCUUGGUCUCCUUUGUGUGCGUGAGCUAUGCGGUCACCAAGGCCCACCCUGCCCUGGUGUGUGCCGUCCUGCACUCUGAGGUGGUGGUGGCCCUGAUGCUCCAGUAUUACGUGCUCUACGAGACUGUGGCGCCUUCUGACAUCAUGGGGGCAGGGGUCGUGUUGGGCAGCAUUGCCAUCAUCACGGCCCAGAACCUCAGCUGCGAAAAGGAAGGGCAGGUGGAAGAGUGAGAGCCUGGGGGUUGGGGGGCGGGCAGGGGGAAAUACAAGGAGAGACUGGAAGACACACAUGGGAGAACAAGUAAUCGAGGAACAACAGGUGUGGGAGACAGGAGUCAAGGAGACUUGGUGGAGAGUGACAACCUGGGUGACCUGGAAGAAGCCUGGGGGCCGAGGGACAUGGAGUCCAGGCUGGGGCUGGGAGUCAGUGCGUAACUAAGGGGAAAAGCCUGAGGAGCAGAUCCAAGCGGCUGAGGCGAGUCAGGGUGUAGGCCAUGGGAGGAUUCCCCUCGGUAGUGGUGGUGGUGGCAGUGGCAGCGCAGAGUCAAGCUUUUGGGCUGUAGUGUUCCCUGCCUUUAGGUAAACAGCAAGAGAGCAAGCAGCUGCACUGGGGGAGGAGAGCUUGCCCUUCCCCCUGGGCAUGAUUUCCUUUCCUCGAGAUUGUGUGCCCACCCAUCUUAGGUGGUGACGUGACUUUGACAUCAAACAAGGAUCGCUCUGAAUGUUGCAGUGCAGUUGGUGUCAUCUCUGCUUAGGAAGGAGAGGGGAAGUCCUUCACUGCUCUUGUGGGUGAAUCCCUUGGGAUCCCCACCCCCCCAUCUUAUUUCAGAAAUAGUCUAGAAGGUGAAGGAUUUCCUAAUAUUCAGAGUCCUUGACCACUCAAAUCCCCCAGGACUUUCGUAUCCCACCCCGGGGCUAAUCUGCUUUUCCCGGAUUGCUGUGGUCCCAUGAUUUCUCCCGGACGGUGGCCAGAGCCUCCUCCCAGAGUAGGCCUCCCAAGUCGAGGCCUCUUCGAGCGGCUAAAGCCGGGGAUCCAGAACCAAGGCUCGGUACAGUGCUCCAUUACAGGCUAAGAGAUGUCCACUCGUCCCUGGGGUACAGCUCGACAAAUAUCGGCUACUUCCGGACAAGCAAUUGGCCUCGCCAUCUUGAUCUGCUCAUACAUAUUCAGCGCGAGACUGCAUAUUCAUGACCAAAGCCCCAGCACUCCCUCCGGGAACCCAGUCCCGACCCCUCGACUGGCCCCGCCUUCAUUACGAGUCGCAGAUCAAACCAUUUUCCAGCUGGGGGUGGAAUAUUACUGAGAGACUUUUGUUGAAGAUGAAAUCGAAUUCCAAAAAAGAAUAAAAGCGGCCUAACUUCACGCUCAAUCAUUCAAUCCUAACGCCU